CAUCACUGCUUCCAUUCUUAGUUUCAUCACAGGCUUUUAGCUCCAAACCACCAACACAUACAUGAAACCAUCCUAGUUAUCUACCAACACAAUUUAAAUAUUCUCAGAUAAUGUCGGCUAAGGGAAAAAAACUCUCUUUCUCUCACUCUUCCUGGUCACUUCUCUGCUGCAGAAAUGGUAUUUCUGCAACUUCAGCACCAGACACGCACAAAAACAGCGAUGAGCUAAGCAAAAACAGUUCACGAUCAGGCGAUAACAAGAAGCCAGGAGGAUGGAAGGCUAUGCCUUAUAUUUUAGGCAAUGAAACUUUUGAGAGGUUGGCAGCAUUUGGUUUGUUUGCUAACUUUAUGGUGUACUUAACAAGAGAGUUUCAUUUGGAUCAAGUUUAUGCUUCCAACAUUCUCAAUCUAUGGAGUGGUGUUACCAACUUUUUCCCUUUGAUUGGUGCCUUCAUUUCUGAUGCUUAUGUUGGUCGCUUCCGAACUAUAGCUUUUUGUUCCUUUUCUACUCUACUGGGAAUGGUGAUGGUGAGUUUAACAGCAUGGUUACCAAAGUUGCAUCCUCCAUCAUGCAGUCCUGAUCAACAAGCACUGAACCAAUGUGUUAGAGCUAGCACACGUCACCUAGGUGUCCUACUAUCGGGACUUUGCCUUUUAAGCGUAGGGUCUGCUGGCAUAAGGCCAUGUAGCAUUCCUUUUGGUGUGGAUCAAUUUGACCCCACCACAGAUGAAGGGAAGAAAGGGAUCAAUAGCUUCUUCAAUUGGUACUACACCACCUUCACAGUGGUCUUGUUGAUCACUCAAACAGUCGUUGUCUAUAUUCAAGACUCCGUUAGCUGGAAGAUAGGUUUCGCCAUCCCAACCCUCUGCAUGCUUUCUUCCAUCAUCAUGUUCUUUGUCGGAACAAGGAUCUACGUGCAUGUCAAACCAGAAGGAAGCAUUUUCUCUAGCAUUGCACAAGUUCUCGUCGCUGCUUACAGAAAGAGAAAACUUGACCUUCCAACUGACAAACAACUUGAUGGCCUUUUCUAUGAUCCUCCACUUGUUGGAUUUCGUCUGUUGUCAAAGCUACCGUUCACCAACCAAUUCAGGGCAUUGAAUAAAGCAGCUGUAAUGAUGGAGGGGGAGGUAAACCCUGAUGGGAGUAGAGUUAACAAGUGGAAGCUUGUGAGCAUCCAGGAAGUGGAAGAGGUGAAAUGUUUGGCAAGAGUUUUUCCAAUUUGGGCUGCUGGGAUCCUUGGUUUCACUUCGAUGGCACAACAAGGAACAUUUACUGUGUCACAAGCCAUGAAAAUGGACAGACACCUAGGACCGAAUUUUCAAAUCCCAGCAGGUUCACUUGGGGUGAUAUCAUUCAUCACCAUAGGUGUGUGGGUUCCAUUCUAUGACAGAAUCAUGGUGCCAGCACUGAGAAGAGUGACGAAACAUGAAGGGGGGAUCACUCUCCUGCAGAGAAUUGGAAUUGGUAUGGUGUUUUCCGUUCUGUCUAUGGUUGCUGCUGCUCUGGUGGAAAAAGUGAGAAGAGACACGGCAAAUGCAAAUCCAACUCCACUUGGUAUUGCUCCAAUGUCUGUUCUGUGGCUGGUCCCACAGCUGGUCCUGAUGGGGCUGUGUGAGGCAUUCAAUGUAAUUGGACAGAUUGAGUUCUUCAACAGACAAUUUCCUGAGAACAUGAGAAGCAUUGCCAAUGCUUUGUUCUCAUGCUCUUUUGCUGGGGCCAGCUAUGUUAGCAGUGCACUUGUCACCACUGUUCAUCAUGCCACAGGAACACAUACCCAUCCUGAUUGGUUGACAAAUGAUAUCAAUUCUGGCAGGCUUGAUUACUUUUACUAUCUUGUUGCAGGAAUUGGAGUCCUCAACUUCCUUUAUUUUCUCUUUGUGGCUCAAAGAUAUCACUACAAGGGAAUCGUUGCCCUCCCUCAAGAUGUCGAGUUAGGUUCAAAAGGAGAAUUAGGUCACUAUACUGCUCCUAAGUGUGAAGAUUCUACAUAAUAGCAAGAAGACAAAAAUCAUGCAUACAUAUAAAUAUAAAUGCUUAUAUGUAUUUUGAAAGUUUGGCUUUAUGUUCUAUUUUAAUCCAUGUAAAAUAUUAGUCGUUAGUAUUAUGUUAGUGAGAGAAAUUAAUCUAAUAAAUCUUGUUUUA